AUGCCCCCUCUGAUCGCAGACGUUGCUGCAGCCGUCCUAAGCGCUUCGACGCUCGCAAUUCGAGUAUCCGACGUCAACAAGAUGGAUAAACUGCAUAGUCACUUGGCGGACAAGGAAGAGGAGAUAAACCGUACGCAGGCACAACUAGAUGGAGUGCGCCGUGCCUUGAUUGAAUCAGAGGAAGAGAACGUCAUUCUACGGCGCAAUAACCUCGACAAGGAAGCUACUAUUCAAGACUUGACUACCGCUCAGCGAGUAGUUUCUGCCGAAAUAGAGAACGUUCUGAGGGAGGCUGCCGCGAGACAAAUGGAGAGGGAAGAAGAGUGGAGCGCGGAGUUGAUAACGCUGCAGGGCACCGUUGCGGAUUUGGAGAAGAAGUGCAAGGACAACGCUAAGGAGAUUGCCGAUCUAAAUGAUGUCGUGCAUUCCCAAGAGAAAGAACUUAAGGGAUACGACGAGGAGAUCCAAAAAGUGCGGGAUGCACGAGACGAGGCGAAGAAGGAGCUGACAAACUUGAACAUAAAAUUGUCGAGAGCGGAAAACGAAGUCGAACUCGCGCAAAGCCAAGUAAAAUUGUUGGAAGAUGCUUUGGAGGAAUCGAAAAGCAAGAUUCGUAAACAACAAUCACUUCUUGCUGCUCAACAUAGGGACGAUGACCGCCGCCUUGAUGCCGAACUUCACUCGGAACGCGUGGAGGAUGAUGCUGUGAACGUCGGGCAAGCUGCGAAGGAAUUACCCUGGGAAACUAUAGACUCGUCUGAGGCAAUCACCUCACACGCACAGGUGGACCCCGACGUCUUCGAGGAUCAUGCGUCUGGCGAAGGAGAUGGAAGAUUGUCUGAGGGAAGUUCGAGGUUGAAACGACCUCGGGCAGGGAUGACUACUAGAUCAUCUCUACCAAUUGCAACUCCUUCCCGCUCGCCUCAGCUGGCCGCACCGGCAGUCGCACCAGCCACAAUAUUACCGUUAGAACUAAUGGUACCGGCGUCGGAACUGCCGUCUGACCACGACAUUGAUAAUGUGUUCACUGUGGAUAUGUUGAAGGCGGCUAUAACUGCCAUGGGAGCAAAGCCCCUAGCUGGCAAGUCCACCCGGAAGGCUCAUUUGCAACAACAGGCCAAAGAUAUAGCCCAGGAGAAACGAAAUUUGCAGGCAUGA